AAGUUUAUUUUCCUUUUUGCAAUAUAGUCAUUUUGUUGACGACAAACCGAAAUUCUUAGUAAAAAUGUCUCAAGAAGUAGAAGAGACGCUGAAGCGAAUCCAAAGCCACAAGGGAGUCGUCGGCACAAUUGUCGUCAACAAUGAAGGUAUUCCGGUGAAGUCGACGCUUGACAACACGACAACCGUUCAAUACGCUGGCCUGAUGAGUCAACUGGCAGACAAGGCGAGAAGUGUGGUGCGGGAUUUGGAUCCAUCCAAUGAUAUGACAUUCCUGCGAGUUCGCUCCAAGAAACAUGAAAUAAUGGUUGCUCCCGAUAAGGACUUUAUUCUUAUUGUCAUACAGAAUCCAACUGAUUAAAUGCCCAUCAUUGCUUAUAAUUGCUGUAAA